CUAGCCUAAUAUCGUGGUUAGUAAGUGAACAAGAUAACCGAACAAAACAUAACCUACAAAUAAUAAUAAUCAUAAAUCUAAAUAACAAAAAUAAGCCGUUGAUAAUGGAUAUGGAUUCAUCCGAAGAAGAUAUGUUGAUUGUAAGUAUGUUGGGCACAGUAUGAUUGACAACAACAACCUAAUUAAACUGAAAUUGAACAAACGUCAAAUGUCAAAAUUUAAAAUGGAGUAGAUGUAUGUUUUGUUUAACCUAGAGUUUGUUCAAAUCACGGUCACUUCUAAUUUGGUCAACUUGCCCAAACUGAACUAACCAAGUGGUAAAACAAAUACAGCUAUUGAAAGCGCUAUAGAUUCAUUUAACAGUAAGAAUAAACGUAAACAGUAAAAGUAAAUAAUAGGUUAUGUUAUUAUUGACAUUAAUGCGAAGAAACACAUUUUGUUAAAUAAUAUUAAUUAUAAAUUUAGCUAUGGAAGCUAUGGAAACAUCGGAUUAUUUUGAGAGCUACGAGGACUUAGAUGUGCAUAAAUUAAUGUUACAAGAUGGACCAAGAAAUAGGGCAUACAAAGAUGCAAUUCUAAGUAAUAAAAAUGAGUUUAAAGAUAAAGUUGUGUUGGAUGUUGGAGCAGGAACUGGUAUUCUAUCUGUGUAUUGCGCCCAAGCCGGUGCAAAGACAGUAUAUGCUGUUGAAGCCAGUAAUAUAUCUAGAAUUGCUGAACAAAUAGUCAGAGAAAACAAAUAUGAAGAUGUAAUUAAGGUUUUGAAUAAAAAAGUCGAGGAUGUUAUUCUUCCUGAAAAAGUAGACAUAAUUGUGUCGGAAUGGAUGGGAUUUUAUUUAUUACAUGAAGCAAUGUUGGAUUCUGUUAUAAUAGCUAGAGACAAGUUUUUAAAACCAGAUGGACUAAUGUUUCCUGAAUCUGCUACUUUAUACUCAGUACCUUGUAGUGUACCUUCAAUGUAUGAAUAUUGGCAAGAUGUAGAUGGGGUAUCCAUGCAACAUUUGGGAAUGAAAAUAAGAGAAAAUGCGUCCAAAAAACCAUUAACUGAAAUUGUAACACCUGAAGCAUUAUUAUGUGAUCCUGAAGUAGUUAUUUGGUUGGAUCUUCGAGAGGUUACACUUGACGAUAUUAAGUCUAUUGAAAUGAGACAUGUUGCAGUAGCUAAUAAGCAAGGGCAGUAUCAAGGAAUUUGUCUCUGGUUUACGUGUACAUUCCCAAGUGUCGUGACAGAACCAUUUACAUUAUCUACUGAGCCAGAGGAACCCUCCACCCACUGGAAACAAACAGUGAUUGUAUUGCCCACAAGCAUCCAAGUGGAAGGGGGAAGUCCGAUAGCUUAUGAUAUAACGCUUACUAGGUCUGAAGAAAAUAAUAGAAGAUACGCCAUAGAAGUAACUAUGUUGGACCCAGAUGAAGUGGAACAUCCUGAAUAUUGUCCUUGUCAUUUAACUAAGUGUAUUUUAGUUAGAGCUAUGCUUGAAAAGUAUGAGAAAGAUGAAAUGCCUAAUAUGCCUGAUAAGUAAUCAUAAAUAAUUUCAGUAGAAUUAUUUUUGCUUGAUAUAAUCUAGAAGAAAGAUCUUGAAUUCUAGAUCCUUCAGAAAAUGCAUUUCCCCAGUUAUUGUGGACCACAGUGAUACAUUUUCCAUGAUAAUAUCCGAUUUAUCAGUGUUUUCAAACAUUACUUACAUUUGAAGCAAAAUAACCAUAAACUUGAAGUAAUAAUUUCUUGAAAAUUGUUAUGAAAAAACAUAUCACACCAUACUAAGUGGUACCAAAAUGGAAGUAACUUUUAUAGAAUUUACCUUGGACCCUUUUUUGCCAGCCAUCUCUUGGAGCCUUUGUUAUUCUAGAAGUGCUUAGUACAGCAAUUUUAGAAAUAGUAUAUCGUGCAAAGUAUAAUUUACAAAAUAUUUUAGAAGAAGAGAGAGAUACUUGACCUUUAACAGGAUCUAGUCAUAGAUACAUAUAGUUAUAAAUCCUCGAACAGUAGAAACUUAAUAGGAUGAAGACUACAUUAGAUUCAAAAUAGUCUUUAGCAAAAUAAUAUUUCUCUGAAAAGACCUCGUGUAUUUCAUUAAAAAAUAGUUCAUGGAAAUUUUUAAGUUUUAUUUAAUUAUUUUUUUUAUUUUAUUGGCAAAUGAGGAAUUUUUCUGCUAGUUCAUAUACAUGUCUAAGAAAGGUAAAAAAAGGUAUGUUCUGAAUUAGUUAAAUCUGUUUUACAUUUCUCACUCUUAACACGUGUUCUAUCGUUCGUCAUUUUUGUGGUACUGUUUUACAUGGUACAAUA